UCUUCUGAACCUCCCCCGUCAUGUGAUGACCCUCUGGACCCACCAGAUCUGCCACUUUCAUCAGACUCCAUCAUCAUCUAUUCUAUAAAAUGUUAAGCCAACCUGACAUCCCAGCCCCAAACACACAGGACAAGGAUAACCUGACCUUGAAACUGGAGAAGUUUGUCCUUCACCAGCACCAGAAUGACCUUGUAGACGUUCUAUUAGAGGAGGAUGACAACGCUCACUAUGCAGUGGUUGUAAAUGCAAUGACUUUGUUUGACACGACAGACAUGACGGUCAGUGAUGCACUACUCCACCAUCCUCGGGAGGUGCUGCCUCAGUUUGACGCUGCGCUGGUCCGAGCUGCCAGGACUGUGUACCACGACCAUGCACGCAAAGAUGAUAUGGUGCUGAAGCCCCACCUUCAUGCCCGUAUCUCAGGACUGCCAGUGUGUCCAGAGCUGUACCGCACUACCCUACCACAGACUACAGACAUCGGCAGUCUCCUCUCUGUACAAGGGACAGUUAUUCGCACCUCUCCAGUGCGAGUGUUGGAGGAUGAGCGUGACUAUCAGUGCAACAAGUGUCACCACGUGUUCACAGUUAGAGCAGACUUACAACAGUACUAUACAGGCAGCAAGCCCCAGAGCUGUCCUAACCCAGACGGCUGUGACUCCACCCGUCUGCUGUGCCUCACAGACAGCUCAGCAGCACCCUCCAGCUGCAGGGACUACCAGGAACUUAAGGUGCAGGAGCAGGUGGAGAGACUUGCUGUUGGCAACAUUCCCCGCUCCAUGGCUGUGGUUCUGGAGGAUGAUCUUGUUGACUGCUGUAAGCCAGGUGAUGACAUCACUAUCACAGCGAUUGUACUUCAGCGCUGGAAGUCCCUCUACCCAGACCAGCGCCCAGAAAUACAGAUGGUUCUGAAAGCCAACCAUCUCCAGGUGAAUAAUGACCGCAGUUCUCACCUGAGCAUCACAGAGGAAGUACGGCAGCAGUUCACGGACUUCUGGGAAAAAUACCAUGAUGCUCCACUGCAGGGCAGGAACAUCAUACUGGCUUCCCUCUGUCCUCAGGUUUUUGGUUUGUAUGUGGUGAAGCUGGCUGUAGGACUGGUAAUGGCAGGAGGAGUCCAACAAGUUGAUGAUUCUGGUACAAAAGUCCGUGGCGAAUCUCACCUCCUUCUUGUGGGUGAUCCUGGCACCGGGAAGUCCCAGUUCCUAAAAUACGCCGCGAAGAUCACUCCACGUUCUGUACUCACCACGGGAAUCGGGUCUACGAGCGCUGGUCUCACCGUCGCAGCUGUAAGGGACUCAGGAGAAUGGCAGCUGGAGGCAGGGGCACUGGUGCUGGCAGAUGGAGGUUUAUGUGCAAUUGAUGAGUUCAACAGCAUUAGAGAACAUGAUCGUGCAUCGAUCCACGAGGCCAUGGAGCAGCAGACUAUCAGUGUGGCCAAAGCAGGCCUUGUCUGUAAGCUGAACACAAGGAGUACAAUCCUGGCUGCCUGUAACCCGAAGGGGAAAUACGACCCAGCUGAAUCCAUCAGUGUUAAUGUCGCUAUUGCAAGUCCUCUGCUCAGCAGGUUUGAUCUUGUUCUUGUUCUUCUGGACACCUGCAAUGAAGGCUGGGACCGCAUGGUGUCCUCGUAUAUCCUGGAUGGGAAAGGGCUGGGAGAUUCCAUUCGGGACGGAGAGGAGGGGGGAGAGAACAGCGAGCUGUGGACCAUGGAAACAAUGCAGUUGUACUUCCGACUCAUUAAAACUCUACGGCCACAGAUGACUGAAGAGUCUAUCCUCGUGCUCAAAAAGUACUACCAGCGACAGCGUCAGGCCGAUCAGAUGAACUCGGCCCGUACAACCAUCCGUCUACUGGAGAGUUUAGUGCGGCUGGCCCAGGCACACGCUCGUAUCAUGAUGCACCAGGAGGUCAGAGUUCAGGACGCGGUGGUUGCCGUGACGCUGAUGGAAUGUUCCAUGCAGGGGGCGGCGCUGUUUGGAGGGGUGAACGCCAUGCACACGUCAUUUCCCGAGAACCCCCAGGAGGAGUAUGGCACGCAGGCUGACAUGAUCCUGGCAGAACUGGGGCUGUCACAUCUAACACACGGGCAGCACAGUCAGCAGCAGCACAUGGAAGUUUACUGACCCUGGGAAAGGGAACUCGAGGCAGCUAAGCUUAGUGAACUCAAUGAACAGUUAAGCUGCUCCUCCAUUGGUCAUGACAAAGACUGAUACAUGUACUAAGUACAUUCUCUUGAUCCAGACACAGAGUCACCAAGUACAGGACUGCGCGCACUUGUGACCUUGGACUUUUAAAAAGUCAGGAAUAUUAUCUCCCUUGAUAUUUUAUGACGGCAGAAAUAUGUAGUUUUCUUAUAAAUUAUGUCUAGAUGAAGUAUUUUUCUUUUUCCAUGCUUUUUAACAACAAUCAUGGUAAGAAAAACUUGUUUAGAUUCAGACAUUCAGUCAUUCCAUUGGUGAAAUUAUUGCUUUUUUUCAAUGUAGGCGCAUUAACCUUGCUGCUACUGAACCCCAUAACUAGUACAAAUUUGGUGCCAGAUGGCUACGUUAACAGGCUGAAGGUUAGCAGGAACUCAAUGCAAAGAUGCAAAUUUCUUCUAAGUAGGGAAAGCUGAUAUACAUGCAGCAUAUACAAACCAACAAAUACAGUCCACAUGCAUGCUCUCAUCAUCACACUAACAUACAAAACAGCAACACAUCAUGCAAGUUUCAUGACAUCAUGUCACAUUUUAUUCUCACCACACGGUCAAUAAUGACAAAUUACAACAACAAAAAAUACAAGGGUGCAGCUAGACCACGCUAUGAGGACCUGAUGCACACAGACUCCAGACAGGAGUGGAAAUUCAAGUUUUCAUGACUCAGUAGCCUGGAUGCCGGCCUUUUCAGCUUCAGCAGGGAAGCAACUGAGAGAGUGUACUGUAGCUAAAAGGUCUGAUAUCCAGGCUAGCUCACAAUUACAUGUCAGAGGACAAGUUCCAUUGCUUUGCAUCAUGGGUUGUUUAUUAUUUUUCAAACAUCAAAUUACAUGUAUUUUGCAAAGCAGGAGCCUGAACACAAAUGUCUGUGUGACUUAUUUCCCCAGCACUGCAUUUACUUUGUGCCUUGUCUUCUUUUCUCUCCAUUUGUAACUAGCCUGCUGCCAUUCUUAGUUAGUUUACCAUGGCUGUCAUACUCACUACCUUGUUUCUAAGAAAUCGAGUAUGGAAAC